AUGGACCCGCCGACUGACGAGGCGGGUGGGCUGCUCGUCCGGCCCGAGCGCCCGCUCUUCAAGGCUCCCCCUCCGAGGACCUCCGUCCUCGGUCUGGACAAGCUAGCUGCCCAGAAGAGGGUGGAACUGGCGGAGCGGGAAGGGAUGUUGUGGCCACCAGGGUGUGGGUCGGGACUCCCGGGGAGCGGUGAUGCGGGUAGCGGUCGUCCUGGGCCUGGGGGGUCGGACCGCAUACGGGGUACGUGUCCUGGCCAACAGCUGGUGGAGGUCCCACUCCGGAGCCCCGAGCGGGUUGGGGAGCCUGCGGUGCUGGUGCUGGUGCUGGUGCUGGUGCUCAAGCGCGUCAAGCUGUCGUACGAUGAGGACACCGGCGCGACGAUCAACCCGUCAGCGGCCGGAGGCGACGGCGGCGGUAGCGGUGGCGGCCUGCCGCCUCCCCGUGAGAGGCGCUUCCGGGGACAGCGCUCCGAAACCCCUUCCCAUCCGGGUGGUACCGCGAGGAGGUGCGGUACCUCUCCCGCCCGCACUGCCAGUAAUAGUAGUGGAGGCGGUGUGAGUUCCUUCGUUCUGAAUUCCCGGGCCGAACAGCGGGAGAGACAUAGGGCCCGGGAGAGAGCGUCAGGACUAUACGUCUCCACAGCACAACAGCAAAACAGUACGGCGCCCACCACGGCAGCGGAAGUACCAGUCGCUGGCGGUGGAGGCGGGGGCGGAGGCGACAGGGAGGAUCUGCAGCGGUCUGACGCAAGGUUCCAUGAACAGAUGGAGCGAUACCGCCGAGACCGGGGGGGGUACGGGGGGGACCGGGAUAGGGGAGGCGGCGGCGGCGGCAGUAGCGGGGAGGAUCGGGGCCGGGGGCGAGACGGGUACGGCGGUAGCAGCAGUAGCAGAGAUCGAGAUAGGGAUAGCGACCGGUACGGCGAUCGGUACGGCGGUCGGGAUAGGGAGCGUGCACGUGACGGCGGCGGUGGUGGCGGCGGCAGUACCAGAGGACGGGAUCGCGAGUACGACGACAGGGGCGGCCGGGACCGUGACGGAGGCGACCGGCGGUACGGCAGUAGCUCUGGCGGCGGCGACCGGGCAUCGCGGCCUGGCGGCGCCAGCGGCUUCCGUCGCAGCGAAUGGGACAGCAGUACACCUGUGCGACGAGAUGGAGGCGGCGACGACGAGUGGGCGCUGACGCCAGUGGUUCCGUCAGGCCGCGCUGGCGCUACAAGCGGGUUGGCCGGUUCCUCACGCCCGGGCGCACUCCGCUCCUCGCACGCAAGCGGGGGGGGAGGCGGGUGGGCCGGCGGAGGUGACACGCCGCUGCCCGCCGCGGCAGUACCCGCGGGUGCCGCCGCCGCCGCCGCCGCCGGCCCGUCCUCCGGCCGAACAGCGGGUGCUGGUGGCGGUGGCGGUGGCGGUGGCGGGCCCAGCUUUGGUCGUGUCCAGUUCGACACUGCCCCUAGCCCGGCUCUGACUCCCUCCUGGAAGAGCGCCAGUUGGAACCGUGGGUCGGCAGCAGCAGCAGCUGGUGGUGGUGGUGGUGGCAGUGGUGGUGGUCGGCAGGCCUUGUGUAUAUAUGGCCUCAUCGUCAUCGUCAGAUGCGAGGGUGCCAGUGGUGACUCCUUCGACGAGGUGUAUGUGAGGGAGAGGGAGCUGGAGGAGAGGCAGCUGGAGCGGGACUGGUACGAUGCUGAGGAGUUCGGUGGGGGCACUGACGAGCAGGGCGCCGCGGCGCGCUUCAUGGGGGAUGAAGCCCUGUUUCAGCGCCGUACUCUCGACCUUCAACGCCGUGUUCGAAAGGACGGCAGCACCAUGUCCCUUGCCGCCACCCGGCGGGCCAAUGAGCUGGAUAAGGCCCUCAACGCCUGGGAGGAGAACAGGCUCAUCACCAGCGGGGUGGUGCGGCUCAAAGAGGCGCCAUCAUGCACUGCUCGCACGUCGGUCUCCCUCAACUUUACAGACGAGGACGAGGCGAGGGUGGUGCUGCUGGUGCAUGACACCAAGCCGCCCUUCCUGGCGGGCAAGGUGGUCAACAACAAGCAGGCCGACAUCGUGCUCCCUCUGAAGGACCCCACCUCGGAUAUGGCGGUGAUCGCCAGGAAGGGGUCAGGGCUGGUGAAGCAGGUCCGAGAGAAGAAGGACCAGCAUAAGAGCCGGCAGCGGUUCUGGGAGAUAGCAGGUUCCAAGAUGGCUGCCAUUACCGGGCUGACUUCAGAGGAGGCGGCCGCGGCUGAGGAGGCCGCGGCCAGGAGGGCGGAGGAGGACCAGCAGGCGGAGGGCGACUACAAGGCGGCCAGCCAAUUCAAGACCCACAUGAAGAAGAGUCAGGCCGCGAGCGAGUUCAGUCGGAGCAAAACCAUCGAACAGCAGCGCAGAUCACUGCCCGUGUACACUGUACGGGAUGACCUGCUGCAGGUUAUUCGCGAGAACCAGGUUGUUGUUGUGGUCGGCGAGACCGGCAGCGGCAAGACGACCCAGAUGACCCAGUACCUGAGAGAGGAAGGGUACACCAAGUACGGCAUCAUAGGUUGCACUCAGCCCCGCCGUGUCGCGGCCAUGUCGGUGGCUAAACGUGUCAGUGAGGAGAUGGGGGUGGAGCUGGGGGCCGAGGUGGGUUACUCCAUUCGCUUCGAGGACUGCACCAGUGAUAAGACCCUCAUCAAGUACAUGACGGACGGGGUGCUGCUCAGAGAGACACUGAUGAACGAGGACAUUGACAACUACAGUGUGGUGGUUAUGGAUGAGGCGCACGAGAGGUCGCUCAAUACGGAUGUACUGUUUGGUAUCCUGAAGAGGGUUGUGGGCAGGAGACGAGACUUCAAGCUGAUCGUCACCAGCGCAACCCUGGACGCCAGGAAGUUCUCAGACUUCUUCGGAUCAGUGCCGAUAUUCACAAUCCCGGGUCGUACCUUCCCCGUUGACAUUCUCUGGAGUCGUACAGUUCAGGAAGAUUACGUGGAGGCGGCCGUGAAGCAGGCCAUCACUAUUCACCUGCGGGAUGGUCCGGGGGACAUCCUCAUCUUCAUGACGGGUCAGGAGGAGAUCGAGGCCACGUGUUUCAGUUUGGCUGAGCGGUUGGAGCACAUGCGCAGUAACGGCAGUGAGAUUCCCGAGCUGCUCAUUCUGCCCAUCUACAGCCAGCUGCCUGCUGAUCUGCAGGCCAAGAUCUUCGACAAGGCCGCGGAGGGGGUUCGCAAGUGCAUCGUCUCCACCAACAUCGCAGAGACGAGCCUCACGGUGGAUGGCAUCCUGUACGUCAUCGAUACAGGAUACGUCAAGAUGAAGGUCUACAACCCCAAGAUGGGCAUGGACGCACUGCAAGUGUUUCCCAUCAGUCAGGCGGCUGCGGGGCAGAGGGCGGGCAGGGCGGGCAGGACGGGGCCGGGGACCUGCUACCGCCUCUACACGGAAAGCGCGUUCAGGCACGAGAUGUUGGCCAUGAAUGUUCCGGAAAUUCAACGGACCAACCUGGCCAAUGUCGUACUGCUGCUCAAGAGCCUUAAGGUGCACGACCUGCUCGAGUUCGGGUUCAUGGACCCCCCACCCCGGGACAACAUUGUCAACUCCAUGUACAACCUGUGGGUUCUGGGGGCGCUGGAUAACACCGGGAAAGAGUACGGAACUGAGGGAGGGAAGCUCCUUCCCCCCCCCCGUCAGGUCCUCACCAUCGUGUCCAUGUUGUCGGUGCCGCCCGUGUUCUUCCGGCCCCCCGACCGGGCCGAGGAGAGCGACGCGGCCCGGGAGAAGUUCUUCGUACCGGAGUCCGACCACCUCACACUGCUGCACGUGUACAACCAGUGGAAGAAUAACGGCUACAGGGGCGACUGGUGUGAGCGGCACUUCCUGCAAGCCAAGGGCCUCAGGAAGGCCAAGGAGGUUCGACAGCAACUGGCGGAUAUCAUGACGCAGAGCGGUAUUGCCGUCACCAGUGCGGGGAGCGACUGGGACAUUGUACGGAAGGCCAUUUGCUCCGCCUACUUCCAGAACGCGGCCAAGUUCAAGUCUGUGGGCGAGUACGUCAACUGCCGUACCGGCAUGCCGUGCCACCUGCACCCCAGUUCCGCGCUGUACGGCCUAGGUUACACCCCUGACUAUAUAGUGUAUCACGAGCUGGUGUUCACCACCAAGGAGUACAUGCAGUGUGUUACGGCGGUGGAGCCGGAGUGGUUGGCCGAGCUGGGGCCCAUGUUCUUUAGCGUCAAGGAGGUGGGUGGCAGUCUGUUGGAGUCCAAGCAGAAGCAGAGGGCGGACAAACAGGCCAUGGAGGCGGAGAUGGCGGCCGCGCAGAAGAAGAAGGAGGAGGAGGAGGCCGCGCUCAAGGCCCGCCUAGAUGCCCAACGCAGCCGGGAGCGGGACUCCAUCGUCACCCCUGGGCUGGCGAGCGGGGCUGGGGCGGGUGGUGGGGGUGGGGGUGCAGCUACAGAGUAA